GGCUAAGUGAGACUCAACCCAAUCAAAAACGAUUUUGCAUUUUGCAGUUGUGAGAGUCUCGUGAUUGUGUUCUAUGGCAUCAGGCGGCUUAUCCGGCCGGGUCACGAGACAUCGUAUUGAAAGCAGUCCUCUUCCGAGUUGAAAUUCAGUGUGCGAACAACAGGCAUUUGAGAUGGACUUUUACAAGGAUAAAGCCAAGCUAAUUGAUAAGCUCCUGGAGGAAGGUCCUACUUCCACAGAAGAGAAGGGCGAAGCUCUGGUGACUUUAAAACGAGAAAGUCAUACGCACAGCAAGUUUUUUGCCUGCCAUGUUGUUGUUUUGGUACUUGUGCUAGUACUGGGAAUGUGUUUGUUUGCGCGUGUAGCCUACUAUGGUUUUCAAACCACGAGAUAUGAUCAGCAGUCACUGAACGGAGGUUUGUUUAUCCUUAUAUUGGGCCAUUCCAUUUAUUGUCCGCCCCCCACCUUAUUGAAGGUACUUUUAUAUUUACUCAGAGAUGCCAAUCAACCUCGGUUCUUUAAUCCCGCCAUCACUACCAAAAUUUUCCCUUUAUCUCGAAAUCCCGAACGUUUUCAUCGGCCAAAUCCCCAUCCUGGUCACAUCAUUUACCAUGGUCCACCUUAUCAGUACCCUGCUAGCAGAGUCGCUUCGAUCUUUCCUAAAUGAGUCGGGAAAGAGGAAGCGACUCUGCCCACAUCUUCAAGUUCCUUUGAUCUGUAGCCUCCCACGCAGACGUUCUUAGUGGUUCGUCACGCGUUCCUGCCCCACGAACGUCUGCUGAAUCGAAAGAUAAAUUCCUUUCCCAUUGUUCGCAAAUAUCAGCUGGUGAUCACAUGCAGAUUAUCGGAGAUCCAAUCGGCCCUGUUGAAGUCAAAGUGUUGACAAGCCAAACACAUAUAUAUACGUACAAGCUCCGUUGAGUGUGAUGCGUGACCAAAGACUUUUGCUCCGAACGAAAAUCUAGAUAAGAUUUUCAGGUCAAUGUUACAUGGUUUUUGUCCUUUUCCCCCGGUGUCCUUGACUGAAUUGUGCUCAUUCUGGUAUGGUUUGAAACAUCUCUUCACUCUGCAGAAGUUAGCGGACAAAGUUGCCCCUGAUGUUAAAACUGAUGACGUCACAAGCGGUAGAAAGGACCUGGAUCCGCACGGGCGGCUCAGGGGCAAAUGGGUUAAGCCAUAGGAGCUCAUAGGGACUGUUAUUCACUGAUUUAAGUGGUUAAUUCCACAAUUUAGCUGAAAUUUUUUAUUUUUAUACCUGCCCACAUUUUCUCUUGGAACAACUGGGUGAAACUUGAUUUUUCUUUGGCUAUUUUUUAUUGUUUUAAUUUAGGUUAUUAUGAGCUUGAAAUCUUUCAAGAUGAGGACAAGCCACAUCACAGCACAAUGGAUAGGCCUCUACACCAGAUGAGGGGCAGGACUUCUAGUGUUAAAAGUUCUGCUUCUUAUAAUCCCCCUCCAAGAUCAGAAAAGGCAAAAACAGGUGAGUCAUAGAGAAAGGCUGUAAAAAAAAAUCCCUGAGCCCCCAUGACGUGAUCAGGGCGACAUGCAUAUCUCCUUCUAGAGACUGCUAGUCAACCAUGUCUCGAGUUUAUCUUGGUGAAAAUUGCAUUUGGUCACGUUAAAUAAACUCCCCUCUUUAAUAUUAUUUUUGUCUACAGCAAGGUACAUUGUGCACAACACCAUCUGGGGAUCUAUCUCAACUAUCUCUGUGGCACUGAAUGGAGCUCCUUUUAGUGUGGUUACAUCAUUCAGUGAUGGGACUGUUGAUAAUAGCACAGGGAUACCAUACUUUUAUCUGUCAAAUUUUGACCCUAUAUGCGCAAACAUAAAGGAAAACAACUGGGCAAGUCUGUCAGUUUCUGAAGCACAAAGUGAUUACUGCAAGGAACAUGACUGGGACCCUGAGGAACCACUUUGCUCUAGAGUUUCUCUCACAGGAAAGGUAAGUAAAUAUUGCAUUUUAAUGUUUUAGCCUAAGCAGCAAGACUCAUAAUCUGCAAGCGGGUUUUUUUCUUCAUAUUUAGUACACAAAAUGACUGUUGUGGUCCCACUGGCGUUCCUAGUGGAGACCGUGGAAACUGGCAAUAAGAAUCGUUGCGUGGCCAAAGCCAUGCAUGUUUUGUGAAGAAUGCAUCUGUCGAUGAAUUCUAUCGCUUAAAAGCAUUGAUUACUUUGGAACAUGUGAAUACUUCGGUGGUCGAAAAAAAAGGAAAACUUUAUUAGCAAAAGACUAACUGGUUGGGUGUUGUAAACUUUCAUUGUUUGCAAAUGGGUCUUGUGAUGAGCAUGCGGUCUAUUUUUGGCAAUGAUCGAAAUGACAUGCCAUGAAAAUCCCUUUUUUGAUCUCUGGCAAUGAUGUAAUUUCUCUGGAAUCAAGGCCCUUGAAUUUUCGUGUAUUUAUACACACGUAUAGCCUGCGACAGCAGACGUAUAACAUGCGUACUAAAUCAAUUCAGAAGCAAAUAAAAAGUAAAUAUCCAGAAGUAGGGAGUGAAAAACAUUUAGUGAGUAAAUCCUGUUUCUUGUAGAAUUAAUCGCCUGCUCAUUUCUCAAUCUAAUCUCCAAGCCAGCGAGACUUAAACAUCGCUGUAAGAGUGUUCUUGUUGUAUACAUGUUCUGCUUCCAAUAGACCUUGCCACAAUUUUGGAAGCCGUCUUGAUGAGUAGCCAACCACAUGAGAAAUUACAGUGUUUGUAUGAGAAUCUAAUGUGAAAUAAUUUUCGUACAACGGCUGUCCUGAAAAAAUAUGAAUUGUACUGAGAAAAUUUGAGGACGUUACAUGCAGCUACAUGCACUAGAACCACUUUUUAAAAUUUUCUAUACAUUUGUCUGUUAAAAUUUCUCUUCAUGCCAACUAAAAUUUCCCGGGAAAAUUGCAGACAAAAUUAAUAUGUGGAAAAUCUAAAGCAAGCGUUUGGAGAAAUUUAAGCACAGGUAUGGCCCAAAAAAUUUGUUUGUAGAAUCCCUUGCUGUGUAGCUUUAUUUUACAAUUCAUAAUGUUUCCAGAACAGCCUUUUUACAGAAAUUAUUUGACAUUAGAUUCUCGUACAAACACUGUGAUAUCUCAUGCGCUUGCCUACUCAUCAAGAUGGCUUCCAAAACCAUGUCAAGGUCUAUAAGUAAUAACAGCUCUUAUCAUUGAAUGUUUAUCAAUGUUUUAAACAUCAUGCAUUAACUGAAGGACUCUAAUGUUUCAUUCUUUCUUGUCUCUUAAAACUUAAAGCUUAUUCAUGUUGGCCCUGAUGAGAUCAAGUUUGCUCAAAAUGCUUUGUUUUCAAGACAUCCUGUGAUGAAAUCUUGGCCUAAGUUUCAUGGUAAGUGAUCACAAAAAUGUCAUUCUUUCUUUAUACCUGUUGCACCAAAUUUCAGUUCUUAGUUAUUUUAUAAUCAGGGUGCAAAGAAAGUCAGUUUUACAGCCUGCCAAUCGUGCAAGCUAUAGCUACAGCAUGUACUAGCCCACAAGUCAUUUUAACUAGCCCAAAAACCCUUUUUUAAUUAGCAGGAUUUAUUACAAUUCUUCUGUAACUUGAAUUUCCCCAAAAAACAGCACCUGCCUGUCAGGCAAGUUAAGAACAAAAUUUGUAUUUGUCACUAGCCCUAUAGCAAAAUCCCCUAGCCCCGGGCUAUCGGACACGACCUUCUUUGCACGCUGAUGAUUAAUUAUGUCUUUGCUGCCAUUGUCAGUGUCAUUGCAUAGCAUCUCUGUUUUUCUUAUUAUACUUUUUAUGUCAGUGAUGCAUUUACUCCGUCUAGUAACCAAGUUAUCUUCUUUUUACAGAUUGGCAGACACUCAAACUUCAAAUCGUCAAUGUCUGGUUGCAAGAUAUUUAUGGCCCGGCUGAUAUCAUUCCAGUAAAAGACUACCUGAAGGUCAAAUUGUAGUCAUAGUCAUUGAAUGAAGAAGGCUAAAUGUAGUUUGCUUGAUUAGCAUCCAAUUAAAUACCUUGAAACCCCAUUAAUACAGAAACUGAGGGGGGCCAUAGAAAGGGUCUAUUCUAAUGGGGUGUCUGUAUUAAGCAGGUUAAGUAGUAGGGAAACCAGUUGUUUGGAAUUGGGCUUUCCAGUGGAUAGAGAUUUUUCCAGUGGAUAGUGUUAUCCACCUUUUGAACAACUGAGGUUUUUUGAAUUAGUGGGUGUAGGAGUUAUGGCUGACGAAGAUGACUAAUAUAGAAGAGAGGUUUACUCCAGUGGCACAUAGUACUAAUAACUUCUGGAAGAUAGUCUCCCUUGCAGUUGUCUUUGUCUGGUCACACAACCCUUAUCCGCUCCUCCCCGUUGUGUGCGUUGUGUGACCAAACAAACAUGGCUGCUUGAGAGACUAACAGGAAGAGAAACUUAAGAGACGAUGGGAAAUGUUUGUUGCACAGGGAAAUUCUUAUUGGUUAGGAUUGCACUAGUUCACUACUCAGUUUGCUCUUAAAGGAGCAGUGUCACUUAAUUUGUCAAAAUCCAAAACGUACGAACUACCACCAAAUUGAGUGAAACUUAAAAAUAAAUGCUCAGAACAUUAAAGGAAGAAUAAAUAACAAGGCAAAUACAAAAGAAGGUACGGACAAACUUGGAAAAGAUUUAAACAGAUGCACUGUGGGUUUUAAAAAUUUGUUUGCCUAACAGGUUUGUUUUUAAUGUUUGAUAUGAUGCUUGGGAGGCAUAUUGUUAGGAUAAGAAGCUGUGAUUUUGUCAUUUAGAAGUAUUUUCUUCAUCAGCGUUAAGUUCCAAAAUGCAUUAGCAAAGGUAUUUGGCUAUAUUAACAAAAUGAACUAAAUGCUGCGACACAGCCCCUUUAGAUAAAAUCUUCUGAAGUGAAAAUGUGAGGCCUCUAUUACACGGUAAAAUAAUCUCAGCUUUUAAUGAGAGACACUGCACUAUACUGAUCACCCUGAAAUAGGACAAAUUAACCAUUACAAUAACACAGAGGGCUAAAAUUAAAUAGUAAAACUGCUCACUCCAGAAAAAUUUUGCAAGAAUAGUUUCAUAGUUACAUACAUAGUUUACAUAGUUUAGCAAUAUAUUUUUAUAAUUAUAUGAAUUCCAUUUGAUAUGAUUUCAGUAAACCAUUUACUCAUUUUUCUUAAAACAAUAAUUUGUCACUCUUGUGUGUGAAAUUUUGCUUUACUAGUAGGUUUAUUUUGCAAGGACAAAAACGAACACACCUUUUACGCCUUGCCCUGCGUUACAUUUGCCCAAUACAUAAACCGUUCGGCAUCUUAACUCUGACGAACACUGUUAAACCAAUCAGAUAAAUGGUUUACCUUCAUCUCGCCACCAAACUUUCUCACCAACCAAGAAGACGACUUGCCACCAACGAAUAACUCCGAAGUAAUUGACACAGUUUAAUACCUAGGAUUACUUAACCCAUUCGCUCCUGGAGAUUUUGCCGAAAAACGCGUUUUGAAGCUAGUCGAGUGGUUUUCUGGUCACUGUCGUGCUAUAAAGAGCUAAAACUUACCACAAACCGGCUUACAGGUCGUACACUUGGCGGCCUUCUGAUCCAGAUGCAAAGUAUGAGCUUGCGAAGUUCGGGCAUGCACAGAAAGCAAAAUUUUGACAUAGUUUUUGGGUUUAAAAGUGACACAGCAGUCUUGACUUUUACUUUUCGCUUUCUCUCCUCCCUUCUUUUUUUGCUUUUCUUGCCUCAUUUUUUUUUUCUCUUGCUGGGCAUUUAGUAGGCUUCAUUUUGGUGGGAAGAGUUUUUGGGAAAGCUUUUAGGAUCUUAGGAUUAGGUGAAAGGAAAGGUAGGUGGGUAAUGGAACAAGAUUUUCAUGGAGAUUUUCAGGUCCUUGUCACGUGGUUUUUUGCUUCUUUCUCCGGUCUCCUUGACUAAAUUGUGCUCAUUCUGGUAUGGUUUGAAAGAUCUCUUCACUCUGCACAAGUUAGCGAAGAAAGUUGUCCUUGACUGUUAAAACUGAUGACGUCACAAAGGGUAGAAAGGACCUGGAUCCGCACGGGCGGUUACGGGCGAAUGGGUUAACUAAGAUUUUUACUUUUUCAUCAAGCUUAGUAUUUGAAUUUGACUUCGACCCAAAUGCGAAUCUGUCAAUCCUAAUUGACGAUCCUUGCGUCAAACUUCUCAUGCUCCCAGUUGAGAGAUUUAAAAAACUGGCAGAACAGUUUCAUAACCACCUGUCAUUUCUUUGAAAUAUGACAAAGAAACGGUUAAGAGAAAAUGGCUGUUCGUGAAAGUUCUUUUCAUUAGUUGUGUAUAUGUAUGGCUUUUUAAGACGAUAAAGUUUUAGUCUUGGUGGCGAGAUGGUUUGGUGGCAAGGUGACCGGAAAUCAGAUAAUUAGGUGAAGUUGGAAAGCAGGAAGAAUUUGGUUGCUGUUUUAUUUCAGAGAAGAAUCGAAGGUUAGAAAUGUCUUCAAGCAGGUUUUGUGGCCACAGCAUUCUUGAUAGAUUUUAUUCACGUACUAUAAUAAGAAUGUAACCAAAUGUAAAUCAAUUUUUUUAUGUUAUCAAAACCGGAUAAAAAUAAUAAAUUACUUCACAAUACUUGCGUCUUCUAAAAUUUGACAAUUUCUUGUUAGCUACAAUCAUACCUUAACAAAAAUAUGAAAAUGGUGCUUGCAGUAACAGUCCGAUUCCGUAAAUUUUCUGCAAAGAAGAGGCAAUAGGCGAAAAGAGAGGAAUCAUGGGAUUAUUCGAUAAAGAGGACACAAUUUCAACAAUCGUGUACAUUGAUUCUAAUUUACAAAAAAAAAUAGUCCCAAUUUGUCGAAUUUUUGAUAAAUUUUUAUGAUGGGAGGAAUGAAAUGAUCCGAGAAAUAUGGACUGUAUUAUUCAUCAAUAUUUCACUUUUCUAAACAUUCCUGAUUCAAUAUUAAUUUACAAUCUCCUUUCUCAAUAAUGUCAUAAAUUCUUGUUGUGUGGUUAGGACCUUUGAAAUAGAUCAUUUUACUGUUAUGGGGUUAGUACCCUAGCCUUCGAGUCAAUGUGAGGCUAAGGUUGACCUUGUUUUAAUGCAAACCCCCUUUGUUUUCUUAUGGAAAUUAUGCUGAAAAAUACUAGUUAGCAUAAGAA